AUGAUCACAUCAAACCCAAUAUCUUUCUUCAUCCUAUUGGCAAUAAUAAGCCUACUGCUUCCUACCUUAAUAAUCCCAUUUUGGAUUUUAAAAAUCAAAGCAAUUGAAAAAGAAGUCGAUUUGAUGACCAAGAAAUCUCAUGAAGAAACAUGGUCUGUCAUACAACAUGCAGCAACCACAUUGCUUCCAAUGAAAUCAUCAGCAACCAACUUAGCUAAACUUGCAACCGUUUCUCUGGGUAAAAGUAAAACAGACCUGAUCUCAUUCUCUCACAUAGAAUCUCAAGUGUCUCCAUUGUUGUUUCAAGCACUGUUAACGAUCCCACACCUGUCACAAGUUUCAUAUAUCAGACAAGAUGGCUUGCUUUUUGCAUUAUUAUACUCCAACAACGUUAACCAACAGCAUAUAUUUGCUAUUUAUUCCAACACUUCGUUUUCUAGAAACGGUUAUUCAUGGUACACUCAGCCUAUUGAUUCGGAUACAGGGAAGUUGUAUGGAGAUGCAGUUGUGUUUCCAUCUCAAGUUUUGGUUAAUGAAACGUGGUUACAACAAGCUUUGAAUUCUACAAAUGGAUGUGCUUCAGCUUCAUUAGGGAAGUCAUUGAAUGAUGUCAAUGAUUUGCUUGUCUUGAAUACAGCAGCUGGUGUGGAUAAAAAUGGAGGAGUCAUCUCACUUGGCUUUCAUCUCAAAUCGUUAAUGAAUGGCAUAAAACCUUCUGGUGGAGGUUUGUACUUGGCUACAAAAGAUGGUAAUGUUGUUCUACGUGAACUGGAGCUGGAGGGGAAUAAGACAAUAUCUUUUCAGCUAUGGAAUGGGAAUAUUCAUGGUCCGGAAUCACAUGUUUUAACGAUUUCAGGAACAAAAUAUAUCUUGUACUACUCUUCCUCCCUUGAUGGAAUGGAGUUGGUAUAUGUAUUGGCAUUACCAUAUGAUGGUAUUGGUGGAGUAGAAAGCAGGAUGCAUAAGAAUAUAGUAUUUGGUUUGUUGCUUCUUUCACUGCUGUUUGUGACUGUUGCCAUCUCUAUCUUCAGUUUCGUGGUGUUAACAGUGAGAGCAGCAAAAAAAGAGAUGUGCCUAAGAGCUGCUCUUAUAAAACAGAAGGGAGCAACACAAGAAGCAGAAAGAAAGAGCAUGAAUCAGAGUCUUGCAUUUGUUACUGCCAGCCAUGAUAUCCGUGCUUCAUUAGCAGGCAUUGCUGGAUUGUUAGAGAUGUCCAUCAACGAGGUCGAUCAACGAUCAGAAUUAGCUAAAAACUUGAAACUUGUGCAGAUAUGUUCAGGAGAUCUUUAUGGUAUACUCAACUCUAUUCUUGAUACAAGUAAAAUAGAAGCUGGGAAGAUGGAGCUAGAAGAAAAAGAGUUUGACUUGACAAAAGUAGUUGAGGGUGUGGUUGAGUUGUUCUAUCCUGUUGGUCUGAAAAAAGGAGUGGAUGUGAUUUUGGAUGCUUCUUUGAUCAAAUAUUCUCAUGUCAAAGGGGAUGAAGGCAGGCUUAAACAGAUAUUGUCCAACUUACUCAGCAAUGCUAUCAAAUUUACCUCAGAGGGUAAUGUGUCUGUCCGCGCUUGGGCCAGGAAGCGUGGAUUACAGUACACACAUGAUGAAGAAUCUACAAGAGGAGGAGGAUGUUGCUUAUUUUUCAGAACCGAAGCGCGUAUAGAUGAAUUCCAUGACCAUGAUGAUCCUAAUUCCAUGGAAUUCGUAUUUGAAGUCGACGAUACUGGAAAAGGUAUUCCCAAAGAGAAACAAGCGUCUAUCUUUGAAAACUAUGUUCAGGUCAAAGAAACGGGUCCUGAAAUUGAAGGCACUGGCUUAGGCCUUGGAAUCGUCCAGUCUCUGGUACGACUGAUGGGCGGAGAGAUAAGCAUAGUUGACAAGGAAGUGGGGGAAAAAGGCACAUGCUUCAGGUUCCAUGUUGUGUUUAAGGUUUGUGUAUCUGAUCUCAGUGAAGACGACAAGACUGUGAAAAGCUCUCCUCCUCCUUCUUCUUCUUCUUCUUCUAUAGUUGUUCUCUUCAUUAGCAGUGAUGAAAGGCGAAAGAUGGCACAAAAUUUUAUAGCAGCUCAAGGAAUUAAAGUUUUAGCAGUGAAAAACAUAGGACAACUAUCAGAAAGUCUCCGGGAGUUUAGACGACAAGAAGAGGAACAAAACAGAUCAUCAUCUGAUUUAAGUUUAAGUUUUGGGUACCUCAACUGGCCCACACCCACACCAACAUCAAAUGGAGUUGGAGUUCCUUUAAGCGCAUUGGAUGGGACUGAUGUGUCGCCGACCCCACAAAGGAAUAAUAAUAAUAAUCAAACAGGUCGUCGUGUACCAAAUUUCAUAUUGCUUGUGAUCGAUACAACACGGGUUGACUUCAAUGAGCUAUGCAAAGCAGUUGCUGAAUUCAGAAAAGACUCCAAGAAUUCCUGUUCUAGAAUCAGAAUCGUCUGGUUAGGUUCUAAGUGCAUUCAACUCCAAGGCCUCGACGAGAAGAAGCUUCCCCCGUCUGACAUCAUCAUACCCAUGCCGCUCCAUGGCUCACGUCUACACUCGUUGAUACAUCUUCUUCCAGAAUUUGGGGGGAACUUCCCCGGCACACCGCCAAUUGCAAAUCAUCAUCAAAUCACAAAACAAGAAGAAGAAAUUGAAAGUAGCAGCAGCCCUUUGAGAGGGAAAAAAGUGUUGGUGGCAGAAGAUGAUUCUCUGCAGCAGAUGAUAGCCAAGAAGAUCCUUUUGAAGCUUGGCGUGAGUUUUGAGAUGUGCAGAAACGGGAAAGAAGCUUUCAACAUGGUCUCCAAAGGGCUAAGUCAUCAAACAAAUCUCGGAGCUUCACAUAUUCUGCCGUAUGAAUAUAUCUUUAUGGAUUGUCAGAUGCCGGAGAUGGAUGGUUGUGAAGCAACAAGACUGAUAAGAGUUAAGGAGAAAGAAUAUGGUGUGCACAUCCCAAUCAUUGGAUUAACAGCACAUGCAGAGGGCCAAGAACUAAACAAGUUUAUUGAAGCGGGAAUUAACAUUAAUAUAUCCAAACCAAUAACCGAGCAGAAGAUAUUGAAAGCGAUUCAAGAACUCCACAGAAGAAAAUGAUUUCGGUACUUAAUUGUUGGGCUUAGAAUACAAUCUCAGUUUGGGUUUAAAUUUUAACACGGAAAAGAAAGAAUACUUGACAG